AUGUCUGUGGGCAGCAUCCCACUGGAGUUGGUGGAAAUAGCUGCUAAUGAUCCUCUGGAUGUGGAUGCAGGUGGGAUGGUAGAUGAGGACAUGGGGUACCCUAUUGCUGCUGUGGAAGGGAAGAGAGGAGUUGAGGGCUUUAAUGUGGGACAUGGGUUGGACCCAAUUGAAGGCUCUGUCAACUACGCUUCUCCCGGAUCUGUGAAGACGAGUCAAGCUGGCAGUGUGUCGGGCAGCCCAAAACCCUUCUCUCCUCAGUCCUCCACUCCCAUUGCUGCUAAAUCAGAAAGGACUUUGAAAACCCCUCCUACGGGCAGCAUCCUUAACCUAAACCUUGAUCGCAGUAAAGCGGAAAUGGACCUUAAAGAGCUCAGCGAAUCUGUGUUGCAGUCAACUCCCGUGCUCCUCACUUCACCGAAAAAGCAGCCAGUGCGGAGUAGCUUCCUACUUAACCUCGACAAGACAAUAGAAAGUUGUAAAGCACAACUAGGAAUAAAUGAAAUUGCUGAAGAUGUUGAUGGAGGACCUGAACACAGUGAUUCUGAGGAUUCGGAAAAAUCAGACACCACUGAUAGUGAAUAUGCCAGUGAUGAAGGGCUGAAACUAAACAAUGGGCAAGAGGAAGGAGAGGAAAAGGAAGGUGUCAGGAGUGAGAAAGAUUCCCCUUUUGUGAAAAAGAAGCCAAAGCAGGUAAUGGCUCAUGAUGAAGUAAAGCAAGAGACAAGUCCAAGUUCGGCUAUGGGUAAAAAUGAAACCACUGGGCAGGAAAAGACAAAUGGGGACCCUGACAAAGAACUUGUUGAGAAAAUGAAAAGUCUGCAUCAGGCAGCAAAGGAGAAACUAGGGAAUAAAGAUGAGACUGACUCUCCAACAGUACACUUGGGACUCGACUCUGAUUCUGAUUCUGAGAAUGAACUGGUUAUAGACCUGGGAGAUGAAAGUAAAGAGGCUGUUCGAGAAGGCAAAAAAGGGGAGAAGAGCAAAAAGGAUCAAACUCCAACACCGGCAUUGAAGGAAUCACCAUCUGCAUCAAAUACAGAAAGUAAAGCAUCGCCCACUUCAGCUGUGGCCAGUCAACCGAAAGGUGAGGCUGCUUCUUCAGUAGCCAGUCUCCCAAGCCAGACCUCUUCAACCAGUAUUACAACGACUGCCAGUGUUGUGCCUACUGCCACAGUUCCAGCUGUUCCUGUUAGCAAUAGUCCGGUUAAAAAACAACGGCCUCUGUUGCCAAAGGAGACUGUUCCAGCUGUUCAGCGUGCAGUGGUGUGGAAUCCCUCGACAAAGUUUCAGACUUCCUCACAGAAAUGGCACAUGCAGAAGGUACAAAGACAGCAGCAACAAGUACAAGCGCCGCAGCAGCAGUCUCAAACCACAGGGACACGGUACCAGACAAGGUUGGCUGUGAAAGCUGUGCAGCAGAAAGAGGCAACCCUAGCAACUUCAACAUCUUCUAUUACUUUGGUUACAAGCAGUUCAUCUACACCUGUGGCAGGCAGCAGUUCAGCAGUGGUGAGCACAGCUUCCAGUUCAGUCUACAGUACUGAUUUGCCGAUUGUUACUCCAUCUGCUGAUGUCGCUGCUGACCUUACAAAGUAUACAAACAAGAUGAUGGAAGCAAUAAAGGGAACAAUGACUGAAAUCUACAAUGAUCUUUCCAGAAAUAAUUCUGGAAGCACGAUAGCAGAGAUUCGACGAAUGAAAAUUGAAAUUGAUAAACUGCAAUGGUUACAUCAGCAAGAGCUAGCUGAGAUGAAACAUAAUCUUGAGUUAACAAUGGCGGAGAUGCGACAGAGUCUUGAGCAGGAAAAGGAUCGCACGAUCACAGAGAUGAAGAAGCAGAUGGAGGCAGAGAAGCAGCAGGCUGUUGAUGAAACUAAGAAGAAGCAGUGGUGUGCAAAUUGCAGGAAGGAGGCCAUCUUCUACUGUUGCUGGAACACCAGUUACUGUGACUAUCCUUGCCAACAGGCACACUGGCCAGAGCACAUGAAGUCUUGCACUCAGUCAGCCACUGCAACUCAGCAGGAAACUGAAUCAGAAGUGAAUUCUGAUGCAUUAAGUAAGAAUGCACAGCAAGCCCCCACAGUCCAGCAAUCACCAUCGGAGAGCAAAGCCAGCCAAAAUGACAAGGAGCCAGGCACAGAUAAAAGCAAGGAAAAUACAAUGCCAGUUGUAGUGACUCCAGCAGUUGGUGCAGUUGCUGUGCAGCCAGAAGUCCAGUGCACCCAGACCACAAUGCCUGUCCAAACCCGCAGAACCUGAAUGCCCUAGAUCUUGUUGGACGACAUUUGAAGAAGGCAGCAUUAUGGAUCAAGACUUUGCAUGGAGAAUGUGUGAAUAUUGCCCUCGCUCUCCAAUGAAUACAUACAUUGCUUAUCUGCUUUGUACAUAACAUACAGAGCUUUCAUGACACUACAUUCUUGCCUAGCAUUAAAAAAAUUGACAAAGAAUCCAACCUGAAGUCUUCAGAAUAUGAUCACGUCCCACAAGCCUUUUCAUCUUUUUUAGAAUUUGUCAAUUCUAAAGCUUCAUCCCCUUUGUAUUUUCUUUUAAUAUGACUUAAUGGAAGAUUCUAGACUCUAGUUUCUGAAAAUGUAGUGAAUUGGGGAACGUAUACAGCAUGCAACAAAAAAGCCUUUAGUAGUUGGACCACAGCAUAUAAUAUUUAUAUGUAGGAGUCUGUGAAACCCAGUGACGUAAUGAGCAUGAAAUGGGGGGUACGUUUUGGCAUUUCUAAUGAAGGAGUACAACAUGGGGAGGUACAUCUCGCUGCUCAUUUAUUUUCCUCUUCUCCACAUGUUAGCAAUUGUUUGCUCUUGGUUACAUAUGACAUUUGAACACAAGGAGUUUGUGUGUAUAUGAGAUAAUCCUUUCUGUGUUCAGAAUGAUGCCAGUGCUUUUCUGAUGUGUAUAUUUUUGUUUUUUAUUUUUCAUCCUGGUUUAUAAAAUAAGCAGUUUGUACAGUUUUCAACCAGUCCUGAUGGGUAAAUGUUAUUAAAAUAAAAAGUUUAAAAAAAAAAUUGACACUAUAGUAAAAUUACCAUUGUUUUUUGAGAACAUGACUUGCUAGCCUAACUUGUGAAACAGAAUUGCUUUUAGCAUAAUGGAAGUAUUUUUUCACAUUUCUUUGUACAAAGUUUAUAUUAAAAAUAGCAAAAAAAAAUCAA